AGACAUAAACACAAUAUCAGAAAACACCCGGCGGCGGUGAUAAAAGUCCACGGAGCUGUGCUGGAGAAGUGUAAGAGAUGGGAGAAUAUCCUCCUAAGUCUAUGUUUAGUAUAGAUGAGUUUCCAGCGACAGAAAGAGGCUCUGCAUUUUCUGGAACAAACCCUCCAUCUUUUAAAGGAGAAUCUGAACACAAGAGUUCCCCUAACUUGAGGCGAAUCAAAGGAAAAGAACCCCGGCAACGGACAGAGUCUGCUUCAGAAGCCUUGGAGACAGACAAUGUUGGAGAGCUUCACCAUUUUCGCUCACGUUCCCGCUCUGCUCCAUCUUCUUUAAUGGUUGCAGCUCGUUAUGGACGAGAGCUGAGACGAAUGAGUGAUGAAUUUGACCAAAUCUUCACGAAUCUCCCACGACCUAAAAGUGCAAGUGCAGCCGCUCAGAUGACCGUUAGCAACAGUUUUAGAGAAACGUUUAUGAACAUCUUUAGAAGAAGGAAGAAAGACAGAAGCGAGUCUGAUGAUGAGAGCCAUUGAACAUCCUGUUUGUGGAGGAGUAAAUACUGUGCUGUAACACGGACGGUGGCACUCCUUUUAUACGGGUGCACAUUGCUAUUUAUAGAAAGGAAAAUGGACUGAACCAUUGAACAGUAACCUUGCAUGCUGAAUUGUGAGGUGGAUUAUAAAAUGUGCCACAAUAUUUUGUUUUAUUGUUAGCAAUUGCAAAAUCAAAUAAUGCAAUAUUAACUGUGUAUGGAGGAAACAAACCUAUUGUAAGCAUGACACUACCCAGCAAGAACCAUAAUGUGUACU